GACAGCUCCCACCACAGCGGAUCAUAUGGAUCAAUAUUAGGGGUCUGACAGUGUCGCUCUCGGGCUUUAAUGGCUGUGGCACGCAAGAUCAAAACUCUGCUGACGGUCAACAUUCUGGUGUUCGUCGGGAUCAUCUUGUUCUCCGUCUACUGCAGGAUCCAGGACCGAUCCGAAGAGCUCGUGCAGAUCGGGAGGCUGUCGGAUCAGAGGCUGCGAGGAAGGAAUGCCAAAGUUACGAACUCCAUGGACAGACAGUCCAUUCUCAAAAGGCUCGAGCGACUAGAAGAUGUGGUCUAUAACCAGUUAAAUGGUCUAGCCAAGCCCAUGGGUCUGGUGGAGGGUCCUGGAGGUCUAGGACAGGGCGGUGCAGCUGCCACGCUGGGGGAGGACAGCCGAGAGAGCGAAGGGAGGUACGAGGAGUAUGGCUACAAUGCCCAACUGAGCGACCGCAUCUCCUUGGACAGGAACAUUCCGGACUACAGGCCGAAAAAGUGUAAGCAGUUGACCUACUCUGAUGACCUUCCCCAGAUCUCUGUCGUCUUCAUCUUUGUGAACGAAGCUCUCUCUGUCAUCCUGCGGUCUGUACACAGCGUGGUCAACCACACCCCGGCACACCUGCUCAAAGAAAUCAUACUGGUGGAUGACAACAGUGACAGCGUGGAGUUGAAGUUCAAUCUGGAUCAUUACGUGAAUAAGCGAUAUCCCGGCCUGGUGAAGAUUGUGAGGAACAGUAAAAGAGAGGGACUUAUACGGGCCAGGAUUCAUGGCUGGAACGCAGCCACUGCUCCUGUUGUGGGAUUCUUUGAUGCCCAUGUGGAGUUCAACACAGGCUG